AUGACUAUAGAGGCCAAAAGGUGCGGGGGUGUGCAGAUAUUUCAGUCCGUAGCAAAUACGACGCGUCGAUCCACAACGAAGCAAAAUGUUGUAGCGGAGUACAUGCGUUCCAGAGAGGUGUAUCGAGGUGAAACGGUGGCUAUUCUGGUAGAUGCGCUCCGUCACACACAUGCAUACAUGAAGUCCUGUCGGGAAGACAGGAAUGACAGCUGUCUGGCGAGUGACCUCAUUCCAUUUCGCGUGUUAUUUUUUCUUUCUCAUUUUCACUCCGAUCACUACAACGGCGUCACCGAGGGCUGGAGCCACGGAACCAUCUACGCCAGCCGCGGCACUGCAAAUAUCUUGUGCUGGCGGUUGGGGAUUCCAGAAUCACGCGUAAAACGCAUGGACUUUUGUGUAACGUACACUUUUUCAUUAAAGAACGGGGCGUUACUGUACGAGACUACAUGGGACGAAGAGGAAUGGCGUUGUUCUGAUGAAUUUUUUUCAGUUACGCUGAUUCCAGCAGGCCAUUGUCCAGGCUCCGUCAUGUUUCUUUUUCGAUCCCCUGUCUUUGGGACGGUUCUCCAUACAGGAGACUUUCGAUUUACACACGAGCAACCUAAUUCUUUCCUGCUGCCUCACGUGCCUCGAAUGCCUCAUUUUCAAAAGGAAAUUGACAUGAUGACAAACCCCGUCUUGAAAUCUGUUGCGGGGAAAGUUGAUGUUUUGUUUCUUGACAAUACAUUUUGCGACGAGCGUUUUAACUUUCCCUCUCGUGCAGAUAGUUUACGGGAAGUGAAUCAGGCGAUUUUGUCGAUGUUCCGCGACCACACAUCUUCUCUGCAGGGUGUGGCUAAAGAAAUGAAUGCACGGGGGCAUGAGGCGAAGGAACAUGCGAUUUCUGUGGCGGUCCUUAUUGGAACUUAUUUUAUUGGAAAGGAACGCAUUGCAGUUUCUAUUCAGGAAAAUUUCUUACCGCUGUGUGUCGAAGAUUCGACGUGCAACGUCGUUCCAACGUACGUUUCUCCAGAGAAGUACGAGUCCCUGCGGCAGUUGGAAUAUUAUCGCGACCAUUUUAUGACAUUGCCCCGGCGUGAAGGCGAAGUAAAGGGCGGGGGCUCAACGUUGGAAGUCGUCACCAAACAUGCGGUAAGGCUCCCGCAAGAUACAUUAUCGUGUUCAUCAAUGGUCGCGCGAGAUCUUUUUUCUUCUUUGGAUCCUGUCGAAGUUUCAAGUAAAGAGAUUGCACACUAUUUAACGAUCUUCCUCGUUCCACUUUCCUCCGUGACGUACCCUGUACUUGCUGCUGCGUGUGGAGGCCGGCCCAAACGACGGCGGAGUGGCAGUGCCACGGAAGAGGGUGUAGACGGUAGUCACCGGAAUAAUUCCCCGCGUGGUGAGGUUUUUCCACUAUGGGGUGAUGAGGGGAUUGACCUUAAACAGUUUGACGGCGUUCUCUGCGUGGAGCCCAGUGGAUGGACACGAAAGGCGCGCAGGCAAAUUCUAAGCAAGCGUGUGACAUUGCUCCAUGUACCGUACAGUGAGCACAGUAGUUUUACGGAACUUGUGGAUUUUGUGGGGUUUAUGAAUCCCACACGCAUCGUACCGACGGUGUCUUUGGAGCUUUUUCAGAAAUAUGAGGUUUUUUUUGCAGAAAAGGCUCCACGACUGCGUCAGCGUUACUCCAAUGUUCAGCCACUUUCUCGGUUUCUGGUCCCCAAGUCACCUCUUGCAGUGGGAGGGAGUGAAAGGAAGACUCUGCAUGGCCCGUCUGAAAAAGUUUCAAAGGCACGGAAACAGCGAAACCCAUUUGCACCCACGACUGCAGUCGAAGGUGUAAUAUUCAUUGAUGAGUAUUCUGAGAACAGUAGCUCUGCCGAUGGUUUAUUUGUGUCGUCAACUACUGAGGUUAAGGAAGAAGGAGUUAGUGGGGAGAACGAGAGCCGGAGUGUGACGAGAGAUAAACAGCCUGAGUUUGUGGCUAAAGCUGAUGACUUCAAUGGCAGGAUGGUGUCACGAGGAAUGGGUGAGAAGAAUGUUGCCCGGCAUGUAGUCUCUGGCAAACGGACGAAUACCGAGCUGUCUAUUCUCCACUGGGUUUGCUCGAAUAAAGUCAGCGAUGAUGUCAGCAAUCAGAGCGAUGACUGUGUUAUUAUAGAUGUCUGA